CAUCAUCAUCACCACCAGCCUCCGCUCAGUGGACAUCACGGCCAGCAGCUCGGCUCGUGUCUGAGCUUCAGCACUUCGUCAUUUCUCCUCUCAGCAGCCUCGAUCACAGCACACACGACUACACCAUGUGGAUUUAUCAGCUCCUGCUUUGCCUUUCUGUCCUGCUUUACUCGGAAAGUAAGCGGCAUGCGCUUCAGGACUACCAGAAGACUGACGGGGUUCGUCUGGUUGCUCCGCCUGACUCCUCCUACAUGAUGAAAAGCAAGAAGAUGAGCUUGGGGAAGUGUGUGCGUCGCUGCAGCCGCAACAGAAAACUCCCCUUCACCUGCAGAGCCUUCAUCUUUGAUCAAAAUGGCACAAAGUGUCAUUUACUCUCCUUCGACAGCCUCACAGUGGGCGUCCAUGCUGAGACUGACUUCAGCUUUGACCUUUAUGAAAAAAAAGACUUUGUAAGAGAGUGCAUCAUUGGCACAGGCUUGAAUUACAAAGGAAGGAGAUCAGUGACCGAGAGUGGUGUUGAGUGCCAGAACUGGGAUCUGAACACGCCACAUGAACAUCACUUUUUGCCCCGGCGGCAUAAGAAGAAGGACCUUCGGGAGAACUUGUGCCGGAACCCAGACAACAGCACUACAGGACCGUGGUGUUUUACUAAGAACCCCAGCAUACGUUAUCAAAAGUGCAACAUUCCCCAGUGUUCGCAAGUGGAAUGUAUGAUGUGUAAUGGAGAAAGCUACCGCGGGCCCAUGGACCACACGGAGAGUGGCAGAGAGUGCCAGCGCUGGGACUUAGAUGAACCUCACAAACAUCUCUUCCACCCCAAAAGGUACCCGGAUAAAGGACUUAAGGAUAACUACUGCAGGAACCCAGAUGGACGCCAGAGACCCUGGUGCUUCACCACUGAUCCUGACACUCCAUGGGAGUACUGCAAUGUCAAACAGUGUGAAUCUGACAGCCACAGUGAUGUUGAAACGACUAUGACAUGUUUUCGGGGGAAUGGGGAAGGAUAUCGUGGGACGGUGGCAGUCUCCAAGGAUGGUUUGACUUGUCAGAGAUGGGAUGCCCAGUUUCCUCAUUCACACUCCUUCACACCAGAGAAGUACCGCUGCAAGGACCUGAGGGAGAAUUACUGCAGGAAUCCUGAUGGCCGUGAUGCCCCGUGGUGCUUCACUACUGACCCUAAUGUGCCUUGGGUCUUCUGCACGAGCAUCCCAGGCUGUGAAGCAAUAACAGCUGAACCUGAUGAGUGUUAUACAGGAAAUGGUGAGAUGUACAGAGGGAGGCAGAUGAAGACUCGUUCAGGCAUCCCCUGUGCACCAUGGAACGACCAGACUGAGAGGAAAGCACGAGGCAUGGUGACCCAGAGUGAUGAACUAGAAGGCAAUUUCUGCAGGAAUCCAGACAAGGACAAGCAUGGGCCAUGGUGCUACACCAACAGCUCCCUCAUCCCCUGGGAUUAUUGCACAGUCAAGCGCUGUGAGCAAUUAAAGAACAGUCUACCACGAGAAGUUGUAGUCUCGGGCGUCUCCUGUUUUGUCCACAAGCAAAUAAGGAUAGUGGGUGGUGGCCCUGUACUGAUUAAAGAGGGCAGUUGGAUGGUCAGCAUUCAGAAAGGGGCUGCUCACUCAUGCGGAGGCUCGCUGGUCCGUGAGGAGUGGGUGCUGACGGACAGAGAGUGCUUCUCCUCAUGUGUUCCUGAUUUGUCUGAGUACAGAGUGUGGCUUGGUUCUGCGCAUCUGAAUGAGUCUGGAGAGAACACCAGGAGCAAGCAGGAAAGGAGGAUUGCUCAUGUCGUCUGUGGCCCAGAAGGCUCAGGACUUGCCCUGCUACAACUGGCACAGCCUGCUCUCAUCACCGAGCAUGUGAGGAUCAUUCAGCUUCCUGUAGCUGGCUGUAGCAUUGCAGAGGGCACUAUGUGUUCAACGUAUGGCUGGGGAGAAACUAAAGGUACAGGGCAUGAAGGCACACUAAAGAGUGUUCAGCUGCCCAUUGUUAGCAAUGAACGCUGCCAGCAGUUACACAGAGGAACGCUACAGAUCACUGAUGCUAAAGUGUGUGCUGGCGGGAAGAGAGACGAAGGAGUGUGUGAGAAAGACUAUGGCGGCCCACUGGUGUGUCAGGAGAAAGACAGUAAGGUCAUAGUGGGAGUGAGUAUCCAUGGCAGAGGAUGUGCCCGUCACAACCGGCCAGGUAUCUUUGUCAGCGUGGCCCAGUAUACAGGAUGGAUACACAAGGUGUUCAAAACAUACCAGUAUUCAGACUAUAAUUAUUAAAUCUCAGCUUCAAAAAGGCAGGACCUGGAAGUGAACAGUCCUGAGGAUCCGAAACAUUGGAGACAAAAUCAAGGUGACCCACAUUAGUGACUUCACAACUUGCACGUACAUUGAAAGUUGAUGAAAACCAUGUCCAAAAAUGUGAAAACUGGGACAACAUCUGAAAAUAGAACCUGACGAUGUUCUGAUUUCAUGAAAUAGUGAGGGCGAUAUGGCUGGAUUUCAUUCAGCUCCACAUGUAUUGUUGUAAAAGUUGAAAGAAAAGGUACGAAGGCCAGCUACCUAAGCCCUGAUCAAGGACAAGCUUUGUAACUCUUCAUAUGGAUUGUGGAAAUUGUCAUAAAUUUGAAUGUGCAAGACCAUGUUUUGGGGAAAAAAAAUGUUCCCAAAUUCUGUGGAUGAUUUGUGAAUAUUGUGUACACAAGAAUUGUAGAAAGAAAACAGUGAAACUGUCCUUCUGAGAAUUUAUUUCGAUUCGAAUGAAAGAUGAUGAUCUGAAUCUAGUGACUGUAGCGAUUGUAGAGAUUUUGGUCCAAACUAUCAAGAAAAUAUUAUUUUUUCUUUGUUGUCAAACAAAUAUAUAUCCAAAACAAAGAUGUGGAUUUACACAUUCAUAUUGUACAUCAUGGCUCUCAACAUACCCCACAGUAUUAUCUGUUACAAAAAGGUGUGCAUAGUACAGUGUCUUGCAAAAGUAUUCAUCCC